ACUUGGACCUCAUUCACUUACUCGAAGCGACCAUGGAGGUUCAUCUAAAACCUCUAUGCAGCUCAACAGCUGUCUUAUCCCCCAAAGCUUCCAAUACUAGACUACCACAGUUACCACGCAAGUCCACUUCCUCUUGUGCUUCUCGUAUAUCCUACAAUUUACCUUUCUCCACUACGCUUUCCACACCUUCUAGAUUCUCUCCUUCUGAAAGAUUCGAUUUUGAUGGCUGUAUGGUGGUUUUCGAAAUUUUAUUUGCGACACCGGAGAGUAGUCAAGUAAGCGCGGAAGUCAACACCAACGAAAGAGAAUGGGCGAUGCAAGAUUUCUAUACAUUGAGAAGGGAGGUAGAAAUUGCGGCAGGACGUGUUGAAGAGAUAAGAGCUUCCGCUUGUCUGGAACAGUUGGAAAAAGAAGUUGCCGAGUUGGAAUCCGAAGCAGCUGAUAGCUCCUUUUGGGAUGAUCGAGCUAAGGCUCAAGAGAACCUUUUGGCCCUCACUGAUGUCAAAGACAGAAUAAAAUCGCUUACUCACUUCAAAACACAGGUUGAAGAUGCAGAAACAAUAGUCAAGCUAACUGAAGAGAUGGACUCCACAGAUAAUGCACUUCUUGAAGAGGCUGCCAGUAUCAUCAAGGAAUUGAACAAGGGAAUGGAUCGGUUUGAGUUAACUCAACUUCUUUCAGGGCCUUAUGACAAAGAAGGUGCUGUUAUUUCUGUUACAGCCGGUGCUGGAGGCACUGACGCACAGGAUUGGGCUGAAAUGUUACUCAGGAUGUAUAUGAGGUGGGGAGAAAAGCAGAGAUACAAAACUCGAGUGGUUGAGAGAUCCCCAGGAGAGGAAGCUGGAAUUAAGUCGGCGACACUCGAAGUUGAAGGUCGUUAUGCUUAUGGUUAUUUGUCUGGGGAGAAAGGCACACACCGCAUUGUACGACAGUCUCCUUUUAAUGCCAAAGGUCUUCGCCAGACAAGCUUCUCUGGUGUGGAAGUGAUGCCUCUCCUACCUGAGGAAUCACUGAAAGUUGAAAUACCUGAAGAAGACCUGGAGAUAACCACUUCAAGGGCAGGUGGGAAAGGAGGUCAGAAUGUGAAUAAAAUUGAAAGUGCUGUCCGGAUUACUCACAUCCCCACUGGUGUUACUGUUCGCUGCACAGAAGAGAGAUCCCAGCUUGCAAACAGAAUAAAGGCUCUAAGCAGGUUGAAAGCGAAGCUGUUGGUGAUAGCUGAGGAGCAACGAGCAUCGGAAAUUAAGCAAAUACGAGGAGAUGCAGUGAAGGCAGAGUGGGGGCAACAAAUAAGGAACUAUGUGUUCCAUCCGUACAAACUCGUCAAGGAUGUAAGGACAGGAUAUGAGACAUCUGAUAUCACUUCUGUGAUGGACGGUGAUUUGGAGCCUUACAUCAAAGCCUACCUCAAACAUAAAUACAGUAUGAAAAUCAGUGCAUCAAGUACAGCCUAGGCUGUUGCUAGUUAAAUUAGUUCACUUUUAUUGGAUUGACACCCAAUUUUCAUUAAAAAAUGUAGUAUUUUCUUUCAUUAUUUAUAUUUUAUAAAGUUGAAACUUA